GUACUCCCCUCCCCACCCAUGGCUUCCCUCGCCUCCCCUCCCGUCCCCUCCCACGCGCCCACCACCGCCGCUCGCUUCCUCCCCGCCCCGGCCGGCCGCGGCAGGCGCCCGUCGCCGCCGGCCGCUUCACCUAUCUUCUCCUCUGCUUCCACCCGAUUCACUCUGUCCCCGCGCGCCCCCUGCGGCGCCGCCCGACCGCGCCGGCGCGACGCCGUGCGGGCAUGCUCUCAAGCUGGUGCAGCUGGGCCAGCUCCACUGUCGAAGACACUAUCAGACCUAAAGGAUUCCUGCUGGAGAUUUUUAAGGCCACACACAAUUCGUGGAACUGCUUUGGGAUCCACAGCCUUGGUUGCUAGAGCAUUAUUAGAGAAUCCCCAAUUGAUCGAUUGGCGCUUGGUAUUCAAAGCACUCUAUGGGCUUGUAGCUUUGAUCUGCGGCAACGGUUACAUUGUUGGGAUUAAUCAGAUCUAUGACAUUGGAAUUGACAAGGUGAACAAACCAUAUUUACCUAUUGCUGCUGGUGAUCUCUCUGUUCAGUCAGCAUGGUUACUGGUCGUAGCAUUCGCAGUGGUGGGCUUCUCAAUUGUCGUUUCAAACUUUGGACCUUUCAUCACCUCUCUUUACUGCCUUGGUCUAUUUCUUGGCACUAUAUAUUCUGUUCCUCCAUUCAGACUGAAGAGAUAUCCAGUUGCUGCUUUUCUUAUCAUUGCAACGGUUCGCGGAUUCCUUCUCAACUUUGGCGUGUACUAUGCUACUAGAGCUGCAUUAGGUCUUGCAUUCCAGUGGAGCUCGCCUGUUGCUUUUAUUACAUGCUUUGUGACAGUAUUUGCUCUGGUCAUUGCUAUAACCAAAGAUCUUCCGGAUGUUGAAGGAGACCGCAAAUUCCAAAUAUCAACUUUGGCGACAAAGCUUGGUGUCAGAAAUAUUGCCUUCCUUGGCUCUGGUUUAUUGUUGGCAAAUUAUGUUGCUGCUAUUGUAGUACCUUUUCUUAUUCCUCAGGCUUUCAGGAGCUUUGUAAUGGUGCCUUUUCAUGCUGCUCUUGCAGUUGCUUUAAUUUUUCAGACAUGGGUUCUGGAGCAAGCAAAGUAUAGUAAGGAUGCUAUUUCACAGUACUACCGGUUCAUCUGGAACCUCUUCUACGCCGAAUACAUCUUCUUCCCGUUGUUAUAGAGAUAUGGCGUCUGACAUGGGCUACACUAUCGGAGCACGCACCGAAGCAGGGACUUGUUGGGGGCAGCAGAAGAGAAACCCUUUGUGGCCCAUAAAGCGUGAGCAAUUUUUUUAUGUACAUACUGUUUGACUGGUAGGGGAAUAGAGCAGCGAUGCGACGAGGAUCUUGACGAUGCUGUGGGAGUUCCCAUUGGGUCCUAGCGUUGAGCAGAUAAUGUAUUUACCCAGUAGAAAAUGACCUGGUUGUUUCUGCCAAACAAAGAGGAAAAUAUAUGAAAGGGAAAAGUAUCGGGCCUUGUUUUGGAGGGUUUGGGCAUAUUUCUUCGCUGGCAUGUUUCAGCAAAUUGUGUACAAACUGCACUGAAACGGGAAGAAACUGCAAAUCUAUCUGACAA